CCCGAGCCGGGCAGGGAACAGCGAGGCACCCCAGCCGCGUGCCGGGGGCAGCUGCCGUCACCCUAGCCGGCGACUUGGAAAACUUGGAAAUCGGUCCCAUCGGUCACUCUUGUCGCUGGCAACGAGGCCGGGGCAGAGCCAGAGCAGCGGCCGCCUGCCUGUGCUUCCGCGCUGAGCAAGCAGCUAAGAAAUGGCGACAGAUUGGUUGAGUGCCCAGGAGUCUUGGGCGGAGAAGCGUGCGGUGAUGGUUGCACGGCCAGGACACAUCCAGGCCUGCUCGCUUGGAAAUAAUGCUGGUUCUGAGCCCCCCUCUUCUGGCUGAGGCCUGGCAGUGACUGAGCAGCUUCUGAGAUCUUUUGUCACACACCAAGAAACGUUAGUAACGAUUCCUGCUGCUAAGUUCAAGAAAAACGCCUCUCUCUGAAAUUAGUAAUACUAUGUAAAGACAUGGAAAAAAUCACCAUUAGGUUUGUGACUUUGAAAGCCAGGACAAAACAGCUGGAUUUAAGAAGGUGGCAGAUCUAGGAUGUGCUGACUGCACACUUCUCUGGAUGCUGAAAUUCUGCCAUUGUAUUGAAGUGUUAGCUGGGCUAGAUAUCUGCGAACGUGUAAUGAGAGAAAACAUGUAUAGGUUGUCUCCUCUUCCUGGUGAUUAUUUGCAACCAACUGAAAGAUCCCUAACUGUUACCUUGCAUCAUGGUUCAGUUGCCCAUAAAGAUCCUUGCAUGCUUGGUUUUGACUUGGUAACGUGUAUUGAACUAAUAGAGCACCUGGAAGAAUCAGAACUCAAGAAAUUUCCUGAAGUGGUGUUUGGUUUCAUGGCUCCAAGCAUAGUUGUCAUCAGUACUCCAAAUUCUGGAUUUAACCCUUUGCUUCCAGGAGUGACAUUAUUCAGGCAUCCAGACCACAAAUUUGAAUGGAACAGAGUGCAGUUUCAAAGCUGGGCUCUAGAGACUGCUAGUCGCUAUGGUUACUCAGUGGAAUUUACUGGCUUAGGGCACCCACCAACAGGGAUGGAGAAUGUUGGGUUUUGUACCCAAAUAGGUGUGUUUGUUAGAAAAUAUUCUCAAACUAGUGGAUCUGCUUAUCCUGCGAAACCCACUGAAGCAGUUUACAAAAUGGUCUUCAAAGCAGUGUAUCCAAGUCUUAAAGAUGAGAAGUAUCUGCAGAAUGCAGUAGUGAGUGAAGUUAUUUUCACAGCACAAAUCAUUAAGCAAAGUCUGCUGGACCAUUUAAUAUCAGAACAUGAGGAGUAUAAUGAUGAUCCUACUGAGAGAAAAUCCAAAUUCCAACUUUCAAUGAAAUUUCUUUCAGAAGAUCUCAGAAAACUGGUUGUUGAAAAAAACACGGAACCACUUGUGAAUGAAAACGUGCUUUAUAUACCUCUUAAAACAAUAUUUUCUUUUCCCAAGGUGAAUAAACUUUGUGGUACCUUUGAGAGGUUAUGCAAGCUUAUAGCCGGUAAGGUCACACUGAGCAGUGAUGGUUCUGCUGUGAUAUUAAAUAAUGAACAUGAAAAUUAAGAGAAUUAGAUCAGGUUUCUCACACAGAUUUCACACAGAUUUCAGUUAAAGUAAUUAUUUUUUUAGUAGUUGUCAGUUGGUGUGUUCUGUAUUCUAGCUAGAACCGCAAAAUCUUUUCUGCAAGUUCCAAUAUCUUAUCAGCCCUCCUCUCAAUUAGUGAAUAUGAGUGCUUCUGACAAAGAUGGUGGUAAUUUGUGGAGUUUUUGAAGUAGAGUAUCAGGAGCUAAAAGGGAAGGUUUAAUUCCAGUGCAGAAAAAUUUUAAGUAUUUCAGUUUGUUUUCUAUUGCCAUACUGUGGCUAUGACGACUGGAUUUUUUCUGGUAAUCUUUUUUUAGCUCCAAGGAUAGGUAAUGGUAACACAGAAUGGUGUUGUUCUGAAUGGUUGGUCUUUUGAUUAAAUUAAUGCAUAUUUGUGGAUAAUUGCAGGUUUUUGUCCCAUUUAAACUUGUAUUUUGACCAAGGUAAAUUCUGAUGUCUCAAAUAAGGAUGGUGAAAGGAAGUUUAUUAAGUGUUUUAGACUUGUGGUACAGUCACUGACCAGGAGAUGGCACACACAUCUGGAAACAGAUCAACCUUAGGUUGUUUAAAACUGUAAGAUUCAAAUAAAGUACAUUAAAAAAACCCCACAAAACCAACGAAAACCACCCCACCACGAACAGAAAAAAUCAAAACAGGGAUGAGACUUGAUAGCUGCUAAGCAAGUUAGUAGCGAUUGGUUAUGGUCAGAAUAGGUGAACAGAAUGUUUCUGAUAAGUCAGAGGAGUUAAUUGUCUGCUUCCCCAGAGAUUUCUCAAACAAAUAGAUCUUGCAGCUAAUAGAGUUCUGAUGCAUUUUAGUCCUGUCUGCCAUAGAUUUCCAUGGUAUUAAGCUCUAUGCCAUACUUACUAUGUUGAUAAAUGAGGUUUGGGUAAUUCAGUUACAUAUGGGUUAUGUGUAACUCCUAAGGGUUAGUUGUUAGGAAGUGUUUGGUGUUGUAUUUAAACUGAGUGGAAGAAAUAUAGUAAGGGGCUUCUUAAAUGACAGAAAAAUUCUUAUGUGAAAGUCCUUUGCACUUGCUUCCUCAUUCACCAAAUACAUUUUAAUGCAGUCCUGUAUGCAGCCAGUUCACUGGGAACAUUCCCAAAAUAAAAUGCACUGGCACUGACACAUAGUCAAAUGAGGAUACUGUGGAAAAAUUAGUAGAUCAUAACACACUUGGAAAAACCACCCUGACAAAACCAAAAACACCCCAAACAAAACCAAACUAAAAAACUAGUGUCUUCUUUACAAGAACAUGAACAAUUUCAUUUGUAUAGGAAGGGCAGUGCACACAACUCUCAACUGAGGCAAUGCUUUGUUAACUUGUGCUUAAGAGUUAUCCUUUCACAUUAAAAAAAAAAAAAAGGAAAAAUGUUACUUAAUUUCUAGUUCUUAAAAAGGAAGCAACAAAAGGAAAAUAACCUGUUGCACAAAAAUGUUAACAAAUGUGUUAAGAUGUUUGGCUUUUCCCUUCUUGCUGUCAGAUCCUGCUGCAAGGCCACGCAGGGAAGUGAAUCAAUGUGUAUGUCACAGAAACCUGUAGUGCUGUAACAAGUGGGAAGAGGAGAGCAGGCAAGAAUGAGCAGCUGGUUUAUUCUACUUAUUUUGCUUCAAGAAUUGUAGAAAGUAAUUUUCCCCGUGCUAAUCUUUGUCUCUAUAUUGUUGUUUUCCCAUGUCAGAAGGUCCACAAAAAGCACCUAAGUGUUAAAUGACAACAUUUGAAGUUCUGGUACUUGAUAUCUACCUUUUUUUUUUUUUCUCUGUAGUAAUAAAGGAAAACAUUUUCCCAUACCACA